AUGAGGAAUGAGAUGCAGAAUGCAUUGGCUGGUUUGCAGAGGAAUCUGGAGUCUGAUGAUGAAUAUGAAGAAGUUGGAGAAGAGCUUGAGGUGGAAGAUGUUGAAGGACUGAAAGACAGAAGAGAGGAAAGAUUUCUAAGAGUAGUGGAACAAGCAACCACAUGUGGGGCUGCCAAUUUUGAUGCUCUUCAGGCAUUACCAUGGGGUUGGAGUGGAGGAGCAGUAGAUCGAGGGACUACUCCUGAGUAUGAUGCAUGGAGUGGAGAUGAUAGAGGAGAGGAGGGUGGAGGAGGAGAGGAGGGCAAAGGAGUAGAUGAGGGGGUAGAGGAGGAUGUAGACAUUAGUGGAGACACCAAGUCUAUGAGCAGUGGAGAUGAUGAUGAUUCCUCAGAGUCAUUGAGUAGCGAGGAUGGGGAUGAUGAUGAUAUUUCAGAGUUGGAGGACAUUCCUGUUGUAGAGGAGGGGGGAGGAGGAUAG